AUGUCAAGGUUCGACCAGCUAGAGCUAUAUUUUGCCGAUAUCAGGCUGGCUCAUGAUCACAGGACGUGGGACCGUGACAAGUAUGACUAUGGUUAA